UGAUAAGAGUAUAAAUAAGAGCAGGUUGAUCAUUAGUGAUCAUUCGAGUCCAGAAGCUAACAAAAGUGGAACAACUUGAGAAGUCAUCAGAGAAAUUGUAGGAAACUAGCUUAUCUAAAAUGGCUACAACUAUGAAACUUACCGUUGCCUUAUGCCUGAUUGCUGUAUCAUACUUCACCUUCUCAGAAGCAUUCCCACGACAAAGCAUCAACGAUCACCUGAUCAAGUCUUGCCUCGGAUACAAAGAGAAGAAGAGAGGAGAGGGCCAUCGUUGUAACCCCGAGGUCCUCGAUCACGUGCACGACUUCGCCGAGGGGGUGCAAAGGGCGGGGCCUGGGUACAACGGCGACCUGGUGGAGAAGUUCCUCAAACAGGCCGACAACAACCAACUCUGUUACCUGGAAGGAUCCGAGCUACGCAAAGUCGUCGGGGGCUGUGCCGCCAUGGAGCUCGUGUGCGAUGCCUUUACUCCAAGGGUCGUCGAUGAGUGCUCAACCCUACGGAAUGCAAUUCCUCCCCCAACUCUGCCAACAACAACACAGCGCCCCCAAACCGCUGCACCCACGGCAGGUAUGCCAGCUCCCAGGGUCUAGACCAACAUCCUCAUCAUUUCAACCAGUCAUCUUAUCACCAUGGUUACGGUAAUUGAUGAAAAUGCCCUGUGGGCACCACACCAGCAACAACACAAGGUCCAACCAGUGGAACUACUACAGCAGCUUUACCACUUACCACUAUCUAGGCCAACACUCUGUUCACCAUUUAAAACUCUAACGUCCAACCAGUCAUCGCCCAUCUCAUCACCAUGGUAACAGCGGUCGAUUAGUACUCACAUUCAGAAGAAUAGAACUUAUUGAUCAAUAUCUCUCUUACUAGUGGUCGGAAGUUACUAAUUAAUUCCCUGAACGUAGGGUUUGAGUCUUAAUAUUGAGAAACAAG